AUGGCGGAGGUUUCCGGCGAGGUUGGAGCGGAGGCGACGGUCGCCACGCCGGUCGCGCCGUUGGCGGUGUCCGGAUCGUUCAAGGAGGGGAAGAGCUCUUCGAGGAGGCGCGCGCCUUCCAUGAGGCAGAGCCUCGACGCGGACGAGUUCAUGAACCUGUUGCACGGUUCGGAUCCGGUGAAGGUGGAGCUCAAUCGGUUGGAGAAUGAAGUUAGAGAUAAGGACAGAGAAUUAUCGGAAGCGCAAGCUGAGAUCAAAGCCUUGAGGCUCUCUGAACGGCUCAGAGAAAAGGCAGUUGAAGAGCUUACUGAAGAAUUGUCGAAGGUUGAGGGGAAGCUGAAGUUAACAGAAUCUCUUCUAGAAAGCAAAAAUCUUGAAAUAAAGAAAAUCAAUGAUGAAAAGAAAGCAUCAAUGGCAGCUCAGUUUGCUGCUGAAGCCACUCUUCGGAGGGUCCAUGCUGCACAGAAGGAUGACGACAUGCCUCCUAUAGAGGCUAUUCUUGCUCCUCUAGAAGCUGAACUUAAGCUUGCACGGCAAGAGAUUGCUAAACUUCAAGAUGAUAACAAAGCUUUAGAUCGUCUUACCAAAUCUAAAGAAGCAGCACUUCUUGAAGCUGAGAAGACUGUGCAGAUUGCCUUGGCUAAGGCCUCCAUGGUGGAUGACCUCCAAAAUAAAAAUCAAGAGCUAAUUAAACAGAUUGAGAUCUGCCAGGAAGAAAAUAAAAUUUUGGACAAAAUGCAUAGACUGAAGGUGGCGGAGGUUGAAAAGCUUACCCAAACCGUGAGAGAACUGGAAGAGGCUGUUCUUGCAGGUGGCGCAGCUGCCAAUGCUGUGAGAGAUUAUCAGCGUAAAGUUCAAGAAAUGAAUGAAGAAAGAAAAACACUUGACCGGGAGUUAGCUCGUGCCAAGGUAACAGCAAACAGAGUAGCUGUAGUCGUUGCAAAUGAAUGGAAGGAUGCUAAUGACAAAGUGAUGCCUGUAAAACAAUGGCUUGAAGAACGACGAUUCUUGCAGGGCGAGAUGCAGCAACUUCGGGACAAGCUUGUUAUAACUGAGCGCACUGCAAAGUCAGAAGCACAGUUAAAAGAAAAAUAUCAAUUAAGGCUUAAAGUGCUACAGGAGAGUUUGAGAGAAACUUCUAACAGUAUUAAUCGCGGCACCUCAGAGGGAAGAUGUAUUAGCAAUGGGCCUUCUCGACGUCAAUCCCUAGGUGGAGCUGAUAACAUCUCUAAGCUAACAUCUAAUGGGUUUCUGAAGAGAUCACCAUCCACUCAAAUUAGGUCUUCUGUAUCUUCAAGCACGGUUUUAAAGCAUGCUAAAGGCACAUCUAAAUCAUUUGAUGGUGGCACAAGGUCAUUAGAAAGGAGUAAAAUUCUUCUAAAUGGAAAACCUCCAAGUUACUCAUUCAACCAAUCUUCUGAAGGAACCAAAGACAGAGAAGAAAAUGAUAACUGGAAAGGAAAUUCAGAUGAUAAGCCCAAUGACUUCCCAACAGUGGAUACGGAGGAUAGUGUUUCUGGGGUUUUGUAUGAUUUGCUGCAGAAAGAGGUCUUAGCCUUGAGGAAAGCUGGUCAUGAGAAAGAUCAAAGCCUGAAAGAUAAAGAUGAUGCCAUUGAAAUGCUAGCAAAGAAAGUAGAUACAUUGACCAAAGCCAUGGAAGUUGAGGCUAAGAAGAUGAGAAGAGAAGUAGCGGUCAUGGAGAAGGAGGUAGCUGCUAUGCGUGUGGAGAAAGAACAAGAGAGCAGAGCAAAGCGUUUCAGCAAUGUAAAGGGCCCUGUGAACAGUGCUCAGCAUCAGCUUGUUUCUGGAAGAAAUUUGGCACGGGGAGGAUUGACACGCAGCACCCAAUGA